AUGGUAACCAUUCGAGCUGACGAAAUUAGGAAUAUUAUCCGUGAACGUAUUGAACAAUACAAUAGAGAAGUCAAGAUUGUAAAUACCGGUACCGUACUUCAAGUAGGCGAUGGUAUUGCUCGUAUUCACGGUCUUGAUGAAGUAAUGGCGGGUGAAUUGAUUGAAUUUGAAGAAGGUACAAUAGGCAUUGCUCUUAAUUUGGAAUCAAAUAAUGUUGGUGUUGUAUUAAUGGGUGGUGGUUUGAUGAUACAAGAAGGAAGCUCUGUAAAAGCAACAGGAAGAAUUGCUCAGAUACCAGUGAGUGAGGCUUAUUUGGGCUGUGUUAUAAACGCUCUGGCUAAACCUAUUGACGGUAGAGGUGAAAUUUCAGCUUCUGAAUCUCGAUUAAUUGAAUCUCCCGCCCCGGGACGCGGUCAGCGAGAAUUAAUUAUUGGAGAUAGGCAGACCGGUAAAACAGCCGUAGCCACAGAUACGAUUCUCAAUCAGCAAGGGCAAAAUGUAAUAUGUGUUUAUGUAGCUAUUGGGCAAAAAACAUCUUCUGUCGCGCAGGUAAUAACUAAUUUACAGGAAAAGGGGGCCAUGGAAUACACUAUUGUGGUAGCCGAAACGGCAGCUUCCCCUGCUACAUUACAAUACCUCGCUCCUUAUACAGGAGCUGCUUUGGCUGAAUAUUUUAUGUACCGUAAACAACACACUUUAAUAAUUUAUGAUGAUCCCUCCAAACAAGCCCAAGCUUAUCGUCAAAUGUCUCUUCUAUUACGAAGACCGCCUGGCCGCGAAGCUUAUCCAGGGGAUGUUUUUUAUUUGCACUCACGCCUUUUGGAAAGAGCUGCUAAAUUAAGUUCUAGUUUAGGUGAAGGAAGUAUGACCGCCUUACCGAUAGUUGAAACUCAAUCGGGAGAUGUUUCCGCUUAUAUUCCUACUAAUGUAAUUUCCAUUACUGACGGCCAAAUCUUUUUAUCUGCCGAUCUAUUCAAUGCUGGAAUCAGACCCGCUAUUAAUGUGGGUAUCUCCGUUUCCAGAGUAGGGUCUGCAGCUCAAAUUAAAGCUAUGAAACAAGUAGCUGGAAAAUUAAAAUUGGAACUGGCGCAAUUUACAGAAUUAGAAGCCUUUGCACAAUUUGCUUCAGAUCUUGAUAAAGCUACUCAGAAUCAAUUGGCAAGAGGUCAACGAUUGCAUGAAUUGCUUAAACAAUCCCAAUCGGAUCCUCUUACAGUAGAAGAACAAAUAAUGACUAUUUAUACCGAAACGAGGGGUUAUCUUGAUUCAUUAGAAAUUGGACGGGUAAGGAAAUUUCUUGGUGAAUUACGUACUUACUUCAAAAAUAAUAAACCCGAGUUCUGA